AUGAAGUUCAUAUCGAUACUAUUGGUCACUUGGACGGUUUAUCUGGCUGCAGCCGUGCCCGUCCAAGAGGAUUCAUUUCAUAAAGGAAAGUACCCUCGCUACAUUGAAAUGCCGGACGGUGAUGGAAAUCUGCACACAGUAGAUCUUGAAGCUACACCUGACUAUCAACUUCUCGAUGAAAUUUACAGAAACCCUGCAAACAACCAGUAUUUACUCUUCACCAGGCGCAAUCGUCGUUCCUCCCAAACGUUGACUAUCAACAAUGCUAACUCCGUAACAAGAUCCAACUUCAACGCCAACAACCCAACUGUUGUUAUUGCUCAUGGCUGGCUCAGUAACCAGAAUACUGACAUCAAUCCGACCAUCAGAGAUGCUUUACUUGGCAAAGCUGACGUGAACGUAAUUGUUUUGGACUGGAGAAGACUUGCUCUGUCAGACUACGCUACUGCAGUGAGAGGAGUUCCUGCUGUCGGUCGCGGCUUGGGACAAUUCUUGACGUUCCUUAACGGAGCAACAGGAGCUCCGUUCAACACCAUGCACCUGGUUGGUUUCAGUCUGGGCGCGCAUUUAGUUGGCAAUGCUGGACGUGAACUUGGUGGACGAGUGGCUCGUGUUACCGGUUUGGACCCGGCCGGUCCUCUAUGGAACACCAAUUCUAAUCGCCUCAGUGCAAGAGAUGGGGUUUACGUUGAGGCUAUCCACACUGAUGGCAGUACAACUGGUCUUGGCAUCGGUUCUGCGGUCGCCAAUGCCGAUUUCUUCCCGAACGGCGGAAACUCUCAGCCUGGUUGUACAUUGAGCCUUUGCAACCACAAUCGUGCUUGGGAACUAUUUGCUUCAACCGUGACCAAUAAUCAUCUGGUCGGUAACCAGUGCAACAACAUGGCGCAGGUGUCUGCGAACUCGUGCCGCGGAAACCGUCUCAACAUGGGAAACGACGACUUGAGAAAGAGCGGAUCCGGUCUCUUCAGAGUGAACACAGGCCGAAGAUAUCCCUUCUAA